UUCAGAAAAUUUCACCUGUCCAGCAAAUACAGUCAAAUGUCCAGGAAGUUACUGUAUUGAACAACGAUUUCUUUGUGACGGACAUUCUGAAUGUCCUGGAGGAGAAGAUGAACAAGACUGUACGUGUGGAGACUCGGAUAGAGAAGUAAUCUUAUUUGUGGAAAAUGAUGACUCUGAGAGCAGGGAAGCAGCAACGCUUUUAGCUAAACAAUUUUUCACAAACCGUGAAAAUAACAUCGUAAGGUUGUUUUAUUUUAAGAUUCUGCAUAGAGAAAUGAAGUUUGACAUAGAUUAUAGGUUAUUGGAAAUAAACAUAGAACGUGUUACCGGAGAACACAAAACUAAGGAAACUGGAUGCACAUUUAAAACAAUGGCAAGAGACUUUCUUAAAAAACUGCAGUUUUCCAAGCCAGAAAAAAGAGCGAUUAUUGUAUUGGAAAACAGUAUUGAAUCAUCAGUUGUCGCUAGCCUAGCAUUAUCCAAUAUUUCAGAGCCAUCAUUUUCAAUAUAUCGGUUGAUAAAAGAUUUCAGUUCUUCACUUCAUAAAGAUAACAGAUACAAAUAUGUAAAAGAUAUACACAUCAGUAAAUGGAGUUCUCUAUUUUCGAUUGGAUUCAGACGAUUUCCAGAAAUAUGUACAGAGACUACAAUCGUACCAUGUGCUGGGAAGUACAGAUGUUCGUCUAGUAAGCAAUGUAUACCACUUGAACAAGUAUGUGAUGAUGUCAUUCAUUGCAAAAAUGGUGAUGAUGAACGACUCGGUGAUUAUAUAUGUCCAGAGAAAUGUAAUUGUACGGGUGUUGUUAUCAAUUGUAAUGCAACCAACAUAUCAAUGUCUGAUAUUCGAUUAUUGAAUGUACAGGCUAUAAGUCUUGAGCUAAGUAAAAAUCCAAAAAUUAAAGAAAUACAUGAACGUACUUUAAGAUUUCCCUACAUGCUACGACUUAAUAUUUCAUCAUGUGGCAUUCAUAAUAUUCAUGAAAGGGCUUUUUUUGAAUUGAAACAAUUGUUAUCGUUAGAUCUUAGCAACAAUAGGAUACUGCAAUUACCUGAUCUGGUAUUUAGCAAGCUUCGCUAUCUAGCCUUUUUGAAUCUGGACAGAAAUAUAGAAUUAGCAAUAAUUUCAUCGACUGCUUUUAAAGAUUUGAAAUCUGUAAGAAGCUUAAACAUUUCCGGCACAAACCUGAAAAAGAUAAGUUCAUUUACAUUCUCUGGCUUGCAGUUGGACAGUAUCGACAUUUCUUACAACAGAAUUGAGGAAAUUGAAGAUUUUGCCUUCAAUGAUACGCUUGUUCAUAAAAUUAACUUUGAAGGCAAUAAAGUUAUAAAAUUCGGAGAAUAUAUGUUAAACGGCGUAAGAUCACUUCGGGAGCUUCAUACACCUGCAUUUAAAUUCUGCUGUAUCCGACCUUGUUAUCUUCCUGAAAAAUACUGCAAACCAUCGGAUGUAUUUUCUUCAUGUGCAGACCUGAUGAAAAACUGUGUACUUCGAGCUGUCCUUUGGAUAGUUGGGGUAGCUUCAUUGCUCGGGAACCUCUCGUCAAUUAUCUACCGUCUCGUGUAUGAUCGUGAAAGGCUAAAAAUAGGUUAUGGCAUAUUUGUAACCAACCUAGCAGUUGCAGAUUUCCUGAUGGGUGUUUACCUCAGCAUGAUAGCAGUUGCUGAUUCAUUCUAUAGAAACAGAUAUAUCUUUGUGGACGAUCAAUGGAGAAACAGUAAUUGGUGUAUUACUGCCGGAGUUUUGUCUACAAUUUCAUCUGAAGCCAGCGUCCUCUUUCUUUGCUUGAUUACAUUGGAUAGACUUUUAGUGAUCAAGUUUCCGUUUGGCACAGUGCGGUUUGGACCUAUGAAGGCCUAUAUCUCUUGUGGAUUGUGCUGGUUCAUUUCCAUCAUCCUAUCGGUCAUCCCAAUUCUUUACACAAGUCACUUCCAAAACAAAUUCUACUCUAGAACAGGGGUUUGUAUUGCAUUGCCUUUAACACGAGAUAAACCUCCAGGGUGGAUUUAUUCUGUGUCAAUCUUUGUGGGCCUGAAUUUUUGUACUCUCAUUCUUGUUGCUAUAGGACAAAUCUCAAUAUUCAUAGAACUUCGACGAUCAUCAUCGGUGAUGAAGAAGACACAAAUGUCAAGAAGACGUGACUUGAAAGUUGCUAGAAAUCUUAUACUCGUUGCAACAACUGAUUUCCUGUGUUGGUUUCCGAUAGGUGUGAUGGGUAUUUUAGCCUUGAACGGAUUUCCGAUUCCUAUUGAUGUUUAUGCAUGGUCAGUUGUUUUCAUUUUACCAAUAAACUCUGCUCUUAACCCGUUCUUGUAUACAGUGACAGCAAUAGUCGGGAAGAAGAGUUUCAAUCCAAGUCUUGAUGAGCAGAGUCGAACAGCGGUCCAGAAAGAAAUUGGCACCGCCAUUUUAGAAUAUCAGCAAUUUAGCAGAUCUGUGCGGAUGAUAAGUGAACUUGUACCAGUCGGGACGAAACGUAGUAUUCAAGAAAUUCUUGAUGAUGACAGUUGCUUGUCAGUCAAUAUUGUUGCGGCUCUGUGCAAAGAACUUGCCGAUUAUCUACGUCUGUUGCAUGAGAAUUAUAUUGCUAUAGAUCAGAUAUGUGAGAAAAACAUUUACAUUCAAGUGUAUAAAACAAAGGUACACAAACCAAUUGUUGUUAUCGAUGCCAAAGCGUCACUAGCUGCCGAUGAAAAAGCUCUACAGGAAAAUAUACGCCAAUUUGGUAACAUUCUUCGAAAACUUAUUUUAAAAUGUGAAAAGGGUUUAAAGAAAUGAUGUGUAUGCAAUGAAUACAAGUCAUCUCUAUUACGAGGUUUAUGAUCUUAGUAAUAUACGUGAAUGAGACAAAAAUAAGUGCUGGCGCACCAUUAUAUAACCCGUAUUCGGUAUAUAUUUGUGAACAUGAACUCUGAAAUCGUCUAGAGAUACUGUGCUUCAACACUGUAUAGUUAAAUCAAAAAUGCGUUGCAUUGGUACAGGAUGACGUGAAUAGGAAAUUGAAAAUACUUGACUUGUUAUUUUCCCGUGUAGAUAUUUUGAAUUUCAAGUGGUGUAACGUCUUUUUGUUGUUUUUUUUUUGUACAAAACGUUCAUUGUACCUUCAUUAUGUCAUUAAUCUUUCAUAUUUUGUCAAAUCAUAAUCGCAUCAACUCGGUUUUUAUUUAAGAUAAUCUCGGACUAAAUACGGAUUUUAAAUACACAAAUGUAUUUCUAUCACAUGGUUUAAGGUAUUAUAAAAACAGAGGGUGCAAUCUGUAAUAAUGUGUCACAAAUGUUUAUAUUUAACAUCAAAAGAAAUAUAAAUUAUAUUUAGGUAAAAUAAUGAUUGAAAAUAUUUCUUACCUUCAUAAUCAAAUACAAAAUGCCAACUGAUGACCAAAUCAAAAUUUAUGUCAAAGGUCUUUACAGCCAUCAUAAUAAGGUAAUAAAUAAUGUACUGCUUACUUGUAUAUAUAUGAAUAAACUUACUUUAGGUGAACUUCUGCUCGAUAUAUUUGAAAAAAAAAAUCAAAAUUCUUAGCAUGAAAUUACUAUUCAUUUACAUGUUUGGUUACUUAGCGUAGGUUAGACCAAAAAACCUUAUCCGUUCUGUGUAUUCUUACUAAUGUGUUCGAGAUUCUUAUCAGAAGUCUGAUUAAAAGGGCCUAGAAGUUGCGAUUGUGUCAAAUCAUUGUUGUUUUCAUGUUGGUAAAUUAAAUGCGUUUGGUCUGCUAUUGGUUGUUGUUAUUUUGUCAAUUAAAAUAGAAUUUUUACUUAUUCAAUAUUCAUAAAAUCGUUAAAGAAUCAAUGAACAUGGGAUUUGUCACCGCUGUAAAAAGAUAUUCAUUAAAUGUUGUUUUUGUUUUCGACGAUGUUUUAAACUUUUAAUCAGUGUUUUUCAAUAACUGUGUGACUGAUGUUGUUAAAAUUUAAUCAUUUGGUAUUUUAUUAAUAUUAUUAAACUAAUUAUGUAAAAUGUUGUAAUCACAGUAUCAAUGUUGUUUACAGUGAUAGAAUUGUGUAUCUUACCGCUGUGUUUGGGGUUAUUAUCCGACAUUUGAAAGGUGCAAUUGUAUCAAAUCAUUGUUUUACAUGUUCUUAGUAGAGUUGUAUCUGUUGUUGUAUAUGAAUUAUUUGUCAGAGUGGUAGUUAUUGUGGUAAAGAUUACAAUCCUGGCAACAUUGGUUCGAGUCCUACUCAGGUGAUUUCAAUGUAUCCCUUGUGACACCAGCACAAGUUAGUGAGUUCAAGGAGGAUAAUUCGAAAGCUUCAAGGAAGAACCGUUUCCUUAUGUUGUAAGAAAUUGUGGUUCAACCCUUUUGCUAUAUUGUGUUUAUAUUAUGAGAACAUAAUGUUAUAAAUGUGUAAAAAAGGAGAAUAAAUAUGUUUAAAUCAAAUUCGAAAGCUGACGCAGAAUGAGCUUUAUAAACAUAAUGAGGAAAAUAUCCGAUAAUUAUGAAACUUUCCUGGGAAAGUAAUUUCGUAAUGUGAAAAGGAUUAUUUGUGUACACACAAAUUUACAAAACAAAAUGUAGAUUUAUAAACACAUAUAUUGGUUAUAUAUAUCAUAAAUACAUGUGGUGUUUUGGUGUUUCUUUCAUUGUCAACAUCUUUAUAUAUAUAUAUAUAUAUACAUUCAAGUUAUUGUCAAGAUAUUAUUGAUAUUUUACUCAGUGUCUAAUCAUAUUUUUGAUGUUUGUGGAUAAAACGCAUUUACUGCUGUUUCUUUUGUGUGCUAUAGUUUAUUAUAAACAAUUUUAACUUUAUAUGUUUAGAUUAUAGAUAUUGUUGCUUUCAUAGAUAUUCGUUAUUGUAGCUUUUAGUGUUAUAAAUUGUUAUAAAUAAGCUUUUUUCUAGAUGUGUUUUUUAGUAAUUUGUCAUUCUGAUUACAGUUUAAAAUGGAAAACGUACUUUUAUGGACAUUCUUUAAAGGCCCAGUAUGCCUCACAAAUGCUUUAAUUUUUUUAUUUCACAAAAGCCUUUUAAUGUUGGUGCACUUUAAUAAAAGUAUCUCAAAGUUACUCAUUAGCCAAUUAUAUGAACCAUUUUUGUCAUCUGUUGCUUGUUGGCAGUGAGCACAGUUAGAGUAAAUAAGUUUCUUGUGUUGAAGUAAAAAUUCUGCUAUGUUUACAUUUGGUACUUUUAUGACAAAUUAUUUCACGUUUAUGGCAAAUAUUCUCUGAAACCAUUAUCUAAAUAACAUUAAAUUCAUUUUUGCCCUUUCUAAAGAAUAAAAUAAAUUGUUUCUUUGGCAUAAUGUGCCUUAAAUAAAGUUUAUCGAUUUAAUACUGCAUAAUGAAAAGCACAGCAUGUUAAAUAAUGAAUUUAAAGACGUUUUACUCUACACUAUCUGAUAUAGGAAGAGAACAAUAAAUUCGAAUAGUGGUAAGACUGAUUGCAGCAGCUCCUUUGCUUGAGAGUUUUAAUCCAUGACUCUAUUUGCUUUUGUUUUGUUCACAACAGCGAAUGUUGUGAAUGGGGAGAUCGGGUAUAUGUCUCCGGUCUUUUCAAUUUUUUUUAUUUCAAGGCGAUUGAGUGUAUUUUGCAUUUGUGCAAAUAGGGUAGGCGUUGCAAUAAGGAUAUUUUUUCGCAUCUUUCUUUUGGAAUAAUAAUUAUCUUGAUAUAACAGUUGGGACAGAAUUUUAUAUUAUUUUUUUAAUGUCAGAUAUUAAUAUUAGUUUUUAAUAACGUGUCUUAUAGUGUUUUAACCGGAGUUCAAAGUCCCGUGUGUUGUAUCUUUCAGUCAAAAAUUAACAUAACACAUAAAUUUAUUAAUAAUUCAAGACCGUUGAUUGAGACAGACCCAGACAGUAAUUAUAGUAAAAUACAUGUAGUUCUUGAAAGGCACAGAAAUCAAAAAAGUGUAAUUAAAGAUUAAAGAGUGUUUAAUAAUGGAUUGAUAAUAGAUUCAGAGCAUAUUAGAUGUUAAAGAACUUUAAAAAGUAGCGUUAAACGUGCAGUAAUAUUCCGAAAAUAUA